AUGGCGACGAUCGAUCGGACUCUAGACGCAGACAAGAUGCUGGCUCUCGUCUGCUACGACGACGACGCUGCUGGGCUGCUCUACCACCACCGUGUCUUGUUCACCAGGGUGGCUGCUGGUCGGUGGAUCAGAGGGCCCCCAAACGGAGAUGACUAUGAGGGGGACUUCAAUGGGGUUGAUGUGCGGCCGCUGGCUCCGAGCGUGUCCUUCCAGGUCGACCCGGGUGCGACGAUGCGCGCGUUUCGAGGGCCGCUGCGAACCCCUGCUCGGAUCGCCACCAUGCACGAGCAGGCGCGCGAGAUCACUGAGGUGCUGGGGGCUGCUCCUGCACCAGGGGCGAAGGGCGUGGCAGGCCCCAGCGGGCGCGUGGCGGACCCCUCGUCGGCCGAGUUCGAUCAGGUCGUCACUGCCGCGAGGCUCGCUGACUCCACCGAUGAUCGCGAUGAUGGUGUCAGAGUUCAGCGGUUGGCUCUCGUCGACGGCAACGCCCAGCUGGUCGAGCUUGUGAAGGACUCAGACCACGAUGCGAGGCUUGCUCGGAAGCGGGGUCGACUGCCUGGCGGUGCUUCGGGCGACCUACGGCUGCUUGGUCAUUUCCUGGAUUCUGCGCCAAGGCAAGUGCCGCCGCUGUCGGAGGCGAUGGAGCUUGCGACGCCCAAGGCUUUCGCAGGAUGGCCUCAUCCUGGGCCAAAGGCUAUCCAGGAGUUUCUCGAGUCGGAACUUGGGAACGGCGGUGACCUUCAGGUGUGGCUCGACGCUCUCAUGCAUAAGUCUGGGGUCAGCGAGAACUCGUUCGUGGCACGUGUGCUUCGGGACCUAGUCCAGAUCGCGAGGCUCGAGAUCGGCUGCGACCAGAUCGCGUCGACCAACCUCGCCUGCACCGAGCAGGCGGUGCUCAGGUUCCACGUGAUCCAGCAGGUUCAACGUGAUCCCAGCUUUGCAGGCCUGGACAUCGGCACCAUCGGGUCUUACGACCAGAUCGGCAGGGCUCACUUGCACGGCUACGACACUUGGCUCGGCAGCGAGCAGAAGGAGGAGGCCAAGACGAUGGAGGUCCAACGGAAGUGGCGUGAGGUGCUGGCCGCCGAGCGCCGUUGCUCUGACAAUCGAGAUGGGCCUCCCGACCUGAAGUCCGAGGCGAAGGCAGAGGCAAAUGACCUGCACUGCGUUGGGGAGAAGAACCUCGCCCCGUAUCAGCCCGAUCUUCUGAAGAUCGCGAAGGGCAAGACGGUGCCAAAGCCCGCCGUCGAUUUGCUGCCGCCCGAGGAGGCGGCCUUCUUGAUUGAUCCGGAUAGGUACCUCGUUCGCUCGCAACCCGAGAUCGAUGCCUGGAAUGAGGAGCACCCGACUUUCAGGCCUUACUGGGACCCCCACUUGCGACAGGAUCGGUCGGCGCGGCUCGACCUCUACCGUAAGCUCUAUGACAAGGGACUCCUGGGGUUCAGAACUCGUAUCAAGGCGAAGGUGGGGAUAUUCUUUGUGUGGAAGUCGUCUCGUCGUGGGAUCAAGCUUAUCGUUGACGCCCGGAUGCCGAACGGCCACCGCCGCUUGCCGCCGAAGACUAGACUAGGGGGAGCUGGCGCCCUCUCGCAGCUCGACGGUUGGCUCGACCAGGAUGAGCUCGCCAGCUUGGCGCAGGGGUGUGGCCCGAUUGCCGAGGUCCCGAACCUCUCCGUCUGUGUUGGUGACGUGGAGGACGCCUUCUAUCAGUUCUCGGUCGAGUCGAUGGCCGAGUGGUUCGGCCUAGACGACCCCGUCCGAUGCUCCGAGUUCGGCUUCUCGCAGAUCUUCGACAACGACCUCGAGAGGCUUCGCCCUGCCCGGUCCACGGUUUCGUCAGAUUAUGCUGCGAUCAAGAGGGAGCUUGAGAGCGUGGGGUUCACGUUGCACGAGGAGGGCGGGGACGCCCUGCUGGUCGAGAAGGUGGGCAUCGUGAUAGACAAGAGCAGGUGCAGCAUUCGUCACAAGCCUGAGAGGGCGUGGCGGUUGUAUCUUGGGAUUAAGUAUCUUCUGAAGUUGCGUCGGGUGACUGGAGAGGCAGUUCGUGUUUUGCUGGGUCACUGCAUCCACUACCUUGUCCUCCUGAGGCCGGCGAUGUCUGUCUUUGCCCACGCCUAUCGGUUUGUGAACGACAGCCUAGGACGUACGUGUGAGUUACCUGGCCAGGUGAAGCGUGAGUUCCGCGUGAUGGCGGGGCUCGUUUUCUCGGCCGAGGCACGGCUGUCCGUUCCGAGUUCGGAUCGAGCCUACUGUGGAGACGCGUCAGGGAAGGGGUACGCCGUCAUGGACACCCCCAUGGGCCCCGCGGAGUUCCGAAAGCUUACUCGGUGGAAGGAGCGUCGGCGGUUCGUGGAGGUAGAGGGGGAUCGCGGGGACACCAUGAGGACCUCUGGGAACCUGCCGCCCCCGAACCCUGGCUGGUCUGCUGAUCUUGAGGUGCCUGACACAUCAUAUUCACGGUGGCUUCUGGAGUCUGCUGGGAUGCCCAACCCGUCUUCGGGCGUUCUGGAGUCGGGUGGUUUUCGUUCUGGAAUAUGUAAACUACGUGGUAAGGAGCGUAGACAGCUAGAGCAGAAGGAGAUAGUUGGCAUGGUCCCGAUCCUUCCCGAGGACGUUGUCGAGCCUGGUCGCUGGCGUGCCUUAUUCGAGGGGAGGUGGAAGAGGGACGAGGCCAUCCAUAUGAAGGAGGGGAGGGUGAUUCUAAUGGCGCUCCGCAGAGAGUCGUAUACUCGUCCAGCCUUCCUGGAGCUCUACUCUGGCUGUGGGGCUCUGACUUCUGGGAUGGCCGAGGUUGGCCUCAGGGUGUCCGUGCCGUUCGAUGUCGCCGAGGGUCCGGAGUUCAAUCUCGAGAAGCGGGGGGUCCAGGACGUCGUGAUCAGGGUGAUCAAGCUCUGCACGGAUCUGAAGGUACACUUCUCCCUCGAGAACCCCAAGACCUCGUCCCUGUUUAGGCAGCCCGAGAUCCUGAAGGCUUUGAAAUACGCGGACGCGUUCUUUGUCGAGUAUGCACCUCCCGCGUCGCUGGACCUCGCCCUGGGCCGGGGCGACAGGCGCCUGGGGCACGGGUCCAACUUGCCGCUGCGCGUGUUCAACGUCUCGGAGCGGAAGGCCUACACGGACGCUAACAACAAGUUCGUCGCCUUCGCCCGCCGCAGCGGUCUGCCGUUGGACACCGCUGAUCAUGUCGACGAGGCGCUGGAGAGGUUCAUGGAGCUGCUGGUCCUGAGCAGGAGCCGCAGUCAGUAG